AUGGCAGAGAAAAACACCUACCAGGAGAUGAAGCCGGUAAACGAGUUGGCUUUGGAAGGUGGCGAGCCUCUCAAGGAGGCCCCUCCUGCCGCGCCGGCACCGACCUACUUCAAGAAAAUGCUGGGUGCUGGGGAGAAGCCGCCACCGCAACUGCCCCUCAGCUACAGCGCCUUCAGCUUUUUGGGCGCCUUUGCAGGGAUGGGUGCCAUCGGCCUGCUCCACACCUACGUCAUGAUGCCUGAUGCCAGCAUGGUCCUCCUCGUCGGUUCCUUCGGGGCGAUGUCCGUGAUUGUGUUUAGCGGAUAUAAAACGCCUGUGGCACAGCCAAAGAACGUGAUCAUCGGCAACACCAUUGGGGGCUUGGUGGGUGUCGUCGUGUUCAACCUGAUGCAAGAGCUGGGGCUUGGGAAGAUGGUGUGGCUGAGUGCCGCUUUUGCGGUGUCUCUGACCAUUGUAGCUCAGGAGCUCACAAAGACAGUCCAUCCGCCAGGAGGUGCGACGGCUCUGAUUUAUAUCAUCACACCUCCCGUCCAACACAUGGGUUACUGGUUUGUCUUUUGCCCCUCCUUCCUGGGCGCAGUGAUCAUGGUGGCCGUUGGCUGCAUAACAAACAACCUGGCUGAAGACCGUGUCUAUCCGCAGUACUGGUGGCCAUCUGAAGCUUCCGAGGCAGAGGACAGCGACGAGCCUGACGAGCCCGAAACCUGGCUAGGCCAGUACUGCAGGAAAUUCUUGGGAGCCGGCGCCGCACCCUUGCCAGCUGCGUCGCCACCUACCAGCCAGACCUGGUGCAGCUUCCUCGGCUCUUUCCUAGCCAUCGCCUCUCUGGGGCUUCUUCAACAAUACCUGAUCAUCCCGAAGAUGCACGAGAUGCUGAUGAUCGGUGCCUUCGGUGCCAUGUCUGUCAUCAUCUUCUCAGCCUGGAAGGUGCCUUUUGCUCAGCCCAAGAACGCAAUCAUCGGCAACACCCUGGGAGGCUUUGUGGGCGUUGCCGUCUACAACCUCUUUCUACUCGCUGGAAUCCAGGAUUAUGUUUGGGUCGGGGCGGCCCUCUCCGUCUCCUUGACCAUCGUGCUUCAAGAGUUGACAAACACCGUGCAUCCACCAGGUGGUGCCACAGCCCUCCUGUUCGUCAUCGUCCCGCUCCUCCACAAGUAUGCCUGGACGUAUGUUGUCACACCAGCGCUCCUGGGCACCGUCAUUCUUGUGCUCAUCGGCUGCGUCACCAACAACCUCGUUGAAAAGCGCCACUAUCCUCAGUUUUGGUUUCCAUUUUAA